AAAAACAAGAUAGCAAAUACAUUUAUUUUAAGAUAUAGAUACGUUAAGUCAUUAACAAGGACGAAGAAAUUAAGCAUAUCACUAAAAAAGGUACAAAUUCAGUAGACAGAAGCAAUAUAUUUACUUCGACUUAACAAUUAUUUUAAAAUCGUCUUAUCAGUAAGAUAAACCGAAAAAGAGUAUUUAAAUUCCCGGAAAGAAAUAAAUAAUCAAGGAAUUCCUCGACUUCAUUGCAUUUUUCCUUUACGAGCCACUGUAGACGGUUUAGAAAUAACAAAAGUGGAAAGAGAGGACAGUUUCGAAGAUGGGGAAGUUAAUAUGUACGUUUCUAUUCUUAAUUAUUUCAACGAAUCUCGUAUUGGGUCGUUAUACAACAUAUCAAGACAGUUUUGCGUUGAACUCGGCCGCAAAUGAAGAUCCGAAUAGUGAUCCGCAUAACGGAAAUGUAUUGGACAGCAAUCCUAAUUCAAAUAUUGAUUUAGAUGAUAGCAAAGUAAAAAAAGUUGAUGAAUCUAAGGAAAAUGAUGAAGACACAAAAAAGAAUAUUAUACCUUUUUCUAAUGAUAAUGGCGGAGUAUCAGGAGAGAAAAAUAAUGGAAACUCCAAGGAAGGCUCUAUAUUUCAUGACGUUUUAGGCAAUACAUUACAAAACUCCAAAGAAGACAAUACCGAAUCAGAUAAUUUGAAAAAAUUGGAAAAUGAUAACUCCAACAAAGAUUCUAUAUCACAUGGUCUGUUACAUCACAUAUUUGGUCAUUCCAAGACAGACUCUUCAUCACAUGGUCUGUUAGACCACAUAUUUGAUCACUCUAAGACAGACUCUUCAUCACAUGGUCUGUUGGACCACAUAUUUGAUCACUCUAAGACAGACUCUUCAUCACAUGGUCUGUUGGACCACAUAUUUGGUCAUUCCAAGGAAAGCAAUGCAGAAUCAGAUAAUUCAAAAGAAUCGGAAAAUGGUAACUCCAAGGAAGGCAGCUCAGAAGAUAACAAUAAUUCCAAGAACAAUGAUAGUUCAGAGAACAGCAAUGAAUCAAAACACAAAGGCAGUUCUGAAAAGAACAAUGAUUCUAAACACAAAGACAAUUCAGGAAACAAUAAUGGGUCUAAACAGAAAGGUAAUUCAGGAAAAAGCAAUGGCUCUAAACAAAAAGGUAAUUCAGGAAACAGCAAUGAAUCUAAAGAUAACAACAGUUCAGAAGACAACAAUAACUCUAAAGACAACAACAGUUCAGAAGGCAGUAAUGAAUCUAAAGACAAUGAGAGUUCAAAAAACGACCAUGACUCUAAACACAAAAGCAAUUCAGCAAACAAUAAUGGUUCUAAACAGAAAGGCAAUUCAGGAAAGAGCCAUAGCUCUAAACAAAAAGGUAAUUUAAGAAACGGCAAUGACUCUAAACAAAAAGGUAGUUCAGAAGACAGCAAUAACUCUAAAGAUAACAACAGUUCAGAAGACAGCAAUGAAUCUAAAGACAAUGAGAGUUCAGAAAAUAGCAAUGACUCUAAACACAAAAGCAGUUCUGAAAAGAACAAUCAUUCUAAACACAAAGACAAUUCAGGAAACAAUAAUGGGUCUAAACAGAAAGGCAAUUCAGGAAAAAGCAAUGGCUCUAAACAAAAAGGUAAUUCAGGAAAUAGCAAUGACUCUAAAGAUAAUAACAAUUCAGAAGACAGCAAUAACUCUAAAGACAACAACAAUUCAGAAGGCAGUAAUGAAUCUAAAGACAAUGAUAAUUCAGAAAACGGCCAUGACUCUAAACACAAAGGCAGUUCAGCAAACAAUAAUGGUUCUAAACAGACAGGCAAUUCAGGAAAGAGCCAUAGCUCUAAACAGAAAGGUAAUUUAAGAAACAGCAAUGACUCUAAAGAUAACAACAGUUCAGAAGACAACAAUAACUCUAAAGAUAACAACAGUUCAGAAGACAGCAAUGAAUCUAAAGACAAUGAUAAUUCAGAAAACGGCCAUGAAUCUAAACACAAAGGCAGUUCAGCAAACAACAAUGGCUCUAAACAAAAAGGCAAUUCAGGAAAGAGCCAUAGCUCUAAACAGAAAGAUAAUUUAAGAAACAGCAAUGACUCUAAAGAUAACAAUAGUUCAGAAGGCAGCAAUAAUUCUAAAGAUAACAACAGUUCAGAAGACAGCAAUGAAUCUGAAAACAAUGACAGUUCAGAAAACACCAAUGACUCUGAACACAAAGGUAGUUCAGCAAACAACAAUGGCUCUAAACAGAAAGGUAGUUCAGGAAAGAGCAAUGGCUCUAAACGAAAAGAUAGUUCAGAAAACAUCAAUGAUUCUAAAGACAACAACAAUUCAGAAGACAGCAAUGAAUCUAAAGACAAUGACAGUUCAGAAAACAGCAAUGAUUCUAAACACAAAUGCAGAUCAAGAAAAAGCAAUGACUAUAGAAACCACGACAGUUCAGAAGAUAAUAAAAAUUCUAAGAACCAGGAUAGUUCUUCCGAACACACCAAUAAAAAACAUAAAAGAAGUGAAGAUAGUAACAAAUUGGGAUCAUCUGAUAAUUCCAGCAGUCAUAAUAGUAAUGAUGGGGUUAGCUUAACGGAAACAGGACAAAAUGAAUCUCUGCUUACAUUUGUAGAAAAUCUCUUGUCCAGCAUAUUAAAGUUGGUAUAUAAUCUACUGUCCUUCAUACUAAGUCCUAUAACUGGCUUGGUCACAGUGAUUUUUAACUUCCUAACUCGUAUACCAAUUCUAGGAGGCUUACUUAAAGGAAUUAUUUCUCUUGUAGAAGACAUACUCUUUAUACCUGAAUAUUUAUUAGAAACUAUAUUCAAUCUUGUUGGACAUUUAAUUCAUUUCAUUUUUAAUUUGUUAUCAAGCAUUUUAAAGGAAGUUUUAAACUUACCCGGAGACGUAAUAUCAUUGCUUUGACAUUUAAUACUUUGUUUCUAAUUAAUAAUCGACAAUAUUAAUAAUCGUAUAAUGUCUUAUAUCUAAAUAUUAUAUAAAUAUUAUAUAUAAAAACAUUAACCAAAAUUAUGCAACGAAAUAUAACGAAUGAAUAAAUCAUUUGUAUUAAUAAUCUACCCAUUAAUAAUCAAUCUUAUCUUUAAUCAAACGUAUUCAAAUCUUGAAUAAUAUUAUACUAAAGAUCUUACUGUAGUCGUUGUAAGGUCUUAACACAGUUUACACGUUGCUUUCGUUUAUACAAACGUGGAACAUUAAUACUAAAGGGAAAGUAACUGAGUGUCGUAAGAAUACUUCAAGUCCGUUACCAGUUAUUGCAAGUUCGUCAGUCAUUAAGUGAACAGCGUUACGGUCGGAACAAUAAUUCAGUGAUAAUUGUUAUUUAAUUCGUAACAAUAAAAUAUAUUCUAACAAUUUUCAUAAUGUUAAAUGUAUAAAUGUGCAGAUAUAGAAAUUUUGCCGUCGACGGAUUUAAAAAAAAAUCAAUAAAAGAAAGUAAAUCGAUA